AUUGGUCUCAUUGAUGUCUUCACACCAGCCGUUACGUUGGAUGAAUUUCAUGAUUUCUACCUAGUUAUGCCAUUCAUGGAUGCAGAUUUGAGUAAGAUCAUGGGAAAGCUGACUGAAGACAGAAUUCAAUACCUUUUAUAUCAGAUCUUAAAAGGCCUUAAGUAUAUUCAUUCAACUGGAAUUAUCCACAGGGAUUUAAAACCUGGUAAUUUGGCCAUAAAUAAAAAUUGUGAAUUGAAGAUCAUUGACUUUGGUCUUGCCAGACACACUGAUUCAGAAAUGACAGGGUAUGUGGUUACACGGUGGUACCGUGCACCUGAAAUCAUCUUGAACUGGAGGCACUACACACAGACUGUUGAUAUUUGGUCCGUUGGUUGUAUAUUUGCUGAAAUGAUCAAUGGCAGGAUAUUGUUCAAAGGAAAUGACUACCUAGAUCAGCUAGCACAGAUUAUGAAGAUAACAGGAACUCCUGGGACUGAAUUCAUUCAGAAAUUAGAAAGCAUUGAGGCUCAAGACUAUAUUAGAACUCAACCCUACAUUAAAAAAAAAGACUUUUCUUCCCUCUUUCCCAAUAGCAGUCCAUCAGCUUUAGACCUCCUGGACAAAAUGUUAGCAUUGGAUGCAGACAAACGGUUAUCAGCUACUGAAGCUCUGAGUCAUCCCUACUUUGAACCAUUCAGAGAACCAGAGGAUGAGACUAAACCUGAGCCAUUUGAUGAUUCUUUGGAUCCGAUGAAAUUGUCAGUUGAUCUGUGGAAAAGCUACAGCCUGAGUCUUUAACCUAUGUGUGAUCCUCAGUCCUAAUCUUUUACUACUGUGAUGUCUACUACUACUACCACCACCAAGAUAUCAACAUUACUGGCAAUUAAAGGUUCUGCAACCAAUAGACAUACCUUCAAAUUUGGUAAUUCAUGUGAAAAUUGUUUUGUUUGCUGAAGAAACUGGCAACAUAAAUUGAAGGCUCUUUGUCAUUUUAAGUACAUCUUAGUGAUAAGAAAGAAACUCUGCACAAAAAUGACAGAAAUUUUGUAAAUAGUAUUGUUGUUGCCAUUUAUAAUGCAUGACUAUCUAGUACUAAUCAAUAUAGUUCAAAGAAUAUCCUUCUUUGAACUAUAUUGAUGGCAUCUAGUUAGUAAUAUAAUAGACAUAUUGAGUUAUUAUGCUGGAAGAGAUAAAGCAAGGGUUUUAUGGAGAACUGUAUGUGCAUGAGGCAGCACAAUAAAGAUUUAUGUGAAA